AUGAGCGACAUGUCCGGCAUGGAUAUGUCGGGCUCGUCGACGAGCGCCAUGACCAUGAAGAUGUAUGUCCACGGCACGAUCGGCGGCGACGUGUUGUGGUUCCGAACAUGGCAGCCCGAGUCGGCCGGCGCGACCGUAGGCGUGUGCAUCGGCCUUUUCCUCCUCGCCAUCCUGGACCGGUACGUGCACGCGCUCUGGCGCGCGUGCUCGGCCUCGUGGGCACGCGGCAAGGUCGGGUUCGCGCUGCCCGUCGCGACCGGUGACCUGGAAUACGAAUACGAGCGCGAGGACCGCGCCCAAGCCGUGGCUCGCGACAAAAGCACAGCAACCACCACCGCAACCGCUCGCGCAGUGUCCGUGGCCCUCGGGGUCGUGGAUGAGUCUGCUGGAUGCGGGACCGCUUGCCGCAGGACAGGUGCUGCGGGCGGCGGCGACAAGGAAAAGGACCUGGCGGGGCCCCUGGGUUGCGACUGCGGGUGUGGUGGCGAGUGUGGCUCCAGUUCAGCCCCGGCCCCAGCACCGCAGUACCAGUCUGAAGCUCCUUCUCUGCGUGCAUUCGACGAGAAGCGUUCUCCAUCUCCGGGCACCCCCGAGAGCGGCCGUAUCGAGGACGAUGUGGCCCACCUCCCGACGGCAGUGCGCCGCACACUGGAUCCCAAACGCCGCCGCCGCUGGUCCCGGCCCUUCCAGUGGAGUGUCGAUAUCCCCCGUGGCUGUCUCUGGGCGUUCCAGACGCUGCUGCACUAUCUUCUCAUGCUCACAGUCAUGACGUUCCAGCUCUACUGGAUCAUUUCCGUCAUUGUCGGAGCGGGUGUCGGCGAGGCCCUCUUUGGCCGCUUCGGUGGCCGUUGA